AUGGUGGACUUCAGUGACAUCCAAGAUGUGGCUAAGGAUGCGGCGCUGACGGCCUCGGCUUUGCUCGAGGGCCUGAAAGAUUCCCACCUCUUGGCGGACAGCAGCUACGAUGCGCGCCGGCGAGUUGCAAAGUUCAAGAUCGCAGGGGGCGGAGCCGCAGGAGAGUUCUUCCCAGAUCUCCGGAUUUGGCUCGAGAUGCAGCUGGACAAGAACUUGAGAAUCAGCUGGGAGAAGACCCGAGCAGGGGCCGUCGUCCUCCACUUCUCCGGCCUCUCGUUUGCACCGCUCCCGGGUGCACAAGAGCUUUACGUGAAGGCUGGCUUGGAUGCCGUCACCUGCCCUUCCCUGAAGUCCGUGAGCCAGGAGGAGUACUACCAGUGCCAUCUCAAAAAGGCCCUCCUGAUGGAAGACUUCUGGAAGGCAAACCGAACCCUGAUCCCGAAGAACCUGCAGCACCAGUUCGCCUUCAUCGGCGACAACACCAUCAUCUCCCACCUUUCCGAGCAGCUGGGCCAUGGGUUCGGCUGGUCCAUGCUCCUGGUCUUGUCAGCGCCGCCCUCGGUGGUGGACACGCUGGAGUUUUCGGACAAUGGCGUGCGAGGAACCUCUGUGCAUGACAAGAACCAAGCCGGGGCCAAGCUCUCGGCGAAGCAUGGCUUCAAGGACCUGAGCCUCAACAUUGCCCGGCCGCUGGUGGGCGACACGCGCUUCGGGGGCCUGGUGCGCUCCGUGGGUGAGCGGAUCAUGCCGGUGGCCUGCAACUUCGGCAUCCUCUGCUCGGUCGGCGAGCCCCGAUGGCGCUCGAAGGGAAUCCGAGGAGCCGAUCCGAAAGUGGUCGCGAGCAUGUUCCGCCGCAAGGGCUCCAAGGGCCCUCACGGCGAGGAGGGCUGCCUGACGUGGAAGAAGAAGAGGCGGAGAUGCGAUAUUGCUGGAAGGCUCUCGGAUCCUACGGUUUUGGGGCUGCGGGCUGCCUUCACAGGCUUUCAUGGCAACAUUUGUGAAACGAAGGCCCGCCGGGGCUUGGAAAGACAGCCACAGUGCAAGCGCUUGCAAGAGCCACGAAGCGUCGCCUGCGUGGGCCUGAGAAUUGGAGUUGCGGAUCAACCUGUCAGAGCAAACCGAUCUGUCCACAGCUUAGCCGUGCACCUUGAGAUGAAGGGCAAGGCGCUUUGUAGGCUGGACCUUCUGGGCUCUGACUUGCCAAUGCCUGGGAGCGAGGUGGCAGCCUUCCGCUGGAGUGACGGGGCGCUCCUACGAGCUCUCAAAAGGGGAGAUUGGGUACUGCUUGAUGAGAUCAACUUGGCGCCGCAGGCCACCUUGGAGGGACUAAACGCCUUGCUGGACCACCGCCGAGAGGUCUUCUUGCCAGCAAUUGGCCAGACCGUCUCUGCCCAUCCCGGAUUCAGGCUUUUUGCAGCGCAGAAUCCCGUCGCCACGGGAGGUGGACGUAAGGGGCUCCCCCGCUCCUUUCUGAACCGCUUCACCCGCGUGGUGCUCUCUCAGCUGUCUGCCCAAGACCUGCGCCACAUCUGCCGCCACGCCCAUGGCAGCGCCCUGGGAGAUGAGGUUGUAGACCGGGCGGUGCGAUUGGUGGAGGAGCUCCAGCUAGCAUCACGGGGCGCCAGCGAAGAAGGCCCGGCUCUGAUUCCGGGAGGCAAAUGUGCCUUUGGCACACCACUGCCGGGCAUCGGCGGAACUCCUGUUUGCUACGAUCUCGGCAAACACGCCUUCCCGGCAGCUGUCCUGCUUCGCAGCAGCUGCGGAUUUGGCGGGAUCGAGGAGGCAUCGUGCGAGCCAUGCGACUCCAGAUCGGGUGUGGGCCACGAAACCCCGGUUCUGUGCCUCGGGUCUCACAGUCUGCAAGCUCAGCCGCAAGGGUUACAGGUUGGAUCGGCACUUCUCCGCCAACCUCUCCAAGCCGCCGACGUGCGAGGGUUCGGUGCGUCUGAGCACCUCCGCCAUGUGCCCCAUCUCACAGCCUUGGCAGGUCAGCGAGAUGUUCUUCAUGCCAUGGCGCAUGCAGUCUCUAACGAGCUGAAGUGGCCCCUUCUCCUCGUCGGUGGGCCAGGAGCUGGGAAGCACAGCCUGGUGCGAUGGCUGGCCGCUAUGGCACGCAUGCCGCUGCAGGAGGUCCCGCUGACGCCGGCGAUGGAUGCCAGCGAACUCCUGGGCUGCUUCGAGCAGGUGGAUGCGCGCGGUCUCCUCCACCAGCUUGCAAGAUGGAUCACCGCAGCAGCUUUUGGACUCAGACGAGCGCAGGAAAGCCUGCCUGCGGCCACUGCCUUGAACCUCGAUGAGUGCUUCAGGCAGAGCGCCCUUCUCGAGAAGUGCCUGGACCAGAAGGCUCCCCUUCCCGAAGCGAUGGACAAGGCGGAGGUGCUCGUGAAGCAAUUGCAGAUAGCCAGCAGCCAGAUGGACUCUCCAGGCGCCAAGGAGCCGUCCGAUUUCGGUGCAAAGCUGCUGGCGGCAGCGAGGGCACGGAUGAACUCGGCGGGGAGAUUCGAGUGGGUGGAUGGGCCUCUUGUCACGGCCAUGGUCGAGGGCAGCUGGGUUCUGCUUUCCCACGCGGAGCAGGCAGCCCCUGCAGUCCUGGAUCGCUUGAACUCGCUCCUGGAACCCAAUGGCUUCCUUCUGCCCGAUGCUGAGCCCCAUCCCGACUUCCGAGUCUUCUUCACUCUGACCACGGGAUGUGCUGUUGCGCCGGUGGCCUUGCUCAGCUUUCGUUCUAUGGUCAGCCAAGCGGACGAGAGGGUACCACGAUUUAACCCAGAGGCCUGCAAUUUGUCAGAUGGUACAGUGGCCAUGGAUCUGUCAACAACUGCGGUAUGGAAUCUGCGGGGAAGCCAGGAUGGUGCAGGCGAGGUGGACCACCGUGACUACGAACAGUGCGGUAUUCUCGGAGGCAUGGUCGCCGAGCGAGGAUUGUGCAUGGAAAGGAACGUGUGCAAGAUGCGCAAGCUCAGAGUUGUUGCAGGGGACUGGAAGCAGUACUCGGAUGAUGAAGCAGUUCGUGGUCAGUCGGUCGAGCGCCGCAUUAAGCGAGUCUUCUCUCAUCCGCAAUAUGAUGAUGCCUUUGACUCCGACUUUGACAUGGCGGUGUUGGAGCUGGACAAGCCCUUUCCGAUCAAUGAGUGCAUCGGUGUCGCCUGUUUGCCCACCAUGGACGACGACAAAGAUUUGACCGGAGCAGAAUGCAGCAUCACCGGCUGGGGUACACUGAUGUCGUCAGGACCCAUGCCUGAAGUACUGCAGGAGGCAUCGGUUACGUUGCUGAGCAUGAAAGAGUGUGAGGAGGACUAUGCAAAACACAACGAGACCAUUACUGCUUCGAUGCUUUGUGCCGCUGGAAACUCUGAGAAGGGCAUCACGGACACAUGCCAGGGUGACAGUGGCGGGCCUUUGGUUUGUGAAGAGUCUGGCCACUACAUCGUGCGGGGUGUCACCUCUUGGGGUGAUGGCUGUGCUCUGGAGGGCUAUCCGGGCGUCUAUGCACGGGUCUCCUCAGCCCUGGGAUGGAUCCGUGAUAUCAUGGAUGGCAAAGUGGAAACAUCUGACACCUCCGAUGAAACGGCGCCCGACAUUGCGUUUGGGCACGCCAUGUGGACGGUGUUGAGUGGCUCAUGUACGGUGGAUGACUCAGACUGUCUUGUUAGCCCUGGAUACCCCGGAAACUAUAGCAACAAGGACGACUGCAGAAUCGCGGUGAACACCUCAGCAGCGACACCCUUGCAGGUGGAGUCCUUCUCCACGGAGGCCGGCUAUGACAGCCUGCUUGUGAACUGCAAAGCCUACUCGGGCUCUGUUGGUCCUGAAGCAGUGGUGCCGGACACCACCAUCUACUGGUACUCAGAUGGUUCAGUUGUCAGCAGCGGCUGGAGAAUCUGCCCCAGCGACAAUGAAAAGAAGAGCUUUCGCAGCACUGGUCCUGCGAAGAAGAGGGCAGAAGCACUUCUUAUCAAGCUCCGGCCGCGCGCUGUGAAGAUGAAGCGCUGGCUUCUUGUACAGGCAUUGAACUGGGCUGCGUCCCAAAAGUUUGACAGUGCAAGAGAUUGGGGUGCCACUGGCACCACUGACACCUUGAAGCUCCUUCAAAAGGUAAGGGAGACGCUGUCCAAGCAGGCCGCCUUGUUCUGUCCAUCGCCGGCGGCGCUCGUCGACGCUGCGCGGCUGGUGCUGGCGGAGGCCACGCUGCCGUCGCUGGUGUCGCUCCACCUGGCCACCUUGCACUGCAUGGCUCAUACGCUUUGGCUCGGGCUGCGGACGGCAGCCAUGCGGCGAGGCGAGGAAGUAAAGCCGUCUUGGGUCACUGUUCCAAGCGCUGCAGCCAUCAAGCGGGCAAAGCACUUGUGUGAUGCAAGUUUCGCACAUGGCGCGGAGCGAGAAGGAGGGAGCGGAGCUUUGUUUUUUUUGGGGCAUGGAGCCUUGACCAAUGGCUUCCGCAUGCCACCAGCCGAGCUGCAGCAGGUUCAACUGGAGCAGGUCGAUCUUCGCUCUCCAGUGGACUUGUUGCUCAGCCUGAUUAUCAGGCCACCGCGAUGCCGGUACACGCCGACGAAGCUUGGGCCAUCGACCUUCCGAAUUGCGGACAAGGGGCAUGGACGUCGUGAGGACUUGGUGCUUCAGAACCCACGUGGGCAGUCACUCCAGUGUUCACUCUUCGAGCCAAUUCCGGAGCCUGGCCAGCCGGAGGAGAACUGGUCAUCAAUGGAUCGGCCUUGUGUCAUCUUCUUGCAUGGGAACUCAUCAUGCAGACUGGAAGCUCUGCCUUUGCUGCCGCUGUUGCUUCCGCUUCGGAUCAGCCUUUUCUGCUUCGACUUUGCAGGCUGCGGAAUCUCCGAAGGUGACUAUGUGUCCCUGGGGUGGUUUGAGCGGGAGGACUUGGCCACCUGCAUCGCCCACCUCCGUGCAACGGGAAAAGCCUCGCAAGUGGCCUUAUGGGGUCGCUCAAUGGGGGCCGUCACGGCUCUGCUGCAUGCUGAUCGUGAUCCAUCCAUUGCUGCGCUGGUGCUGGACAGCCCGUUCGCAUCUCUCCGAGACCUUGCGACGGAUCUUGCCGGCAGGAAGGCGAUGUUUCCCUCGUGGGCCACCCGUGCCAUCAUUCCGGGAGCUCGAGCAGCCAUACGAGCCAGGGCGGGGUUCGACAUUGAGGAUCUCGAAGGCAAGAGUCAUGCGAGAAAGUGCUUUAUGCCAGCCUUGUUCAUUGCAGCACGCGGUGACGACUUCAUCACCCCGUGGCAUGCUGAGGAGCUCUGCCAAGCCUACCACGGAGAGAAGGAGUUUUACCUGACCGAGGGGGACCAUCACUCUUCAAGAUCUGUCGUGUGCAGGCAGAAGGCCACCCUCUUUCUGUGCAGGGCAUUUCAUGCCCCGCGGCUGGAUGCCCUGCUGGAGCUUCACACGGCGGGGCUCAGCGACCUCUUUGGACCUGGGCUGCCGAAGCCUGCACAAGGCAAGGAUUUAGAACGAGAAGGUGCUGAGAUCUGCUGGCAGAUGCGGCUGGUGCCGGCUCUUGGUCAGAUGGCGCUCUGCAACGGAAAGCGAUGCCAGAGGCCCGUCACUGCAAGCGCAGUGGUGGAGCUCGGCGACAGCAAGGCGGAGGUCGGAUUCUUCAUUCGCCUGGUGCCGGCAGAGGGGGUGUUCGCCAAGCUUGAUGAGCUGGGCCAGCCUCGCUUUCUGGUUGUGAGCUUCACCUCCGACAUGUCCAUGGUUUCCAGGGUGCACAGCGACACUCUUCGGACCCUGGCAGUGGGGCCGGGUCUCCAUGAUGAUCGGCAAGUGGGCAUUGGCCUCACCUUCGACCUGGCGGGCAAUUUAAGCCUGCAUGUGGACUCGCAGCAGCUGCUGGCUGUCGAUGUCGGAAAGGGCUUCCGGGCAGAGUUGACGCUGUGGCUGAUGCGGCUGCGGGGGAAGAACACUUUCGGAGGCCUUGUGGUCGAAGAUGCAGAGGCUACUCUGUGCGAACACCUGGGCGACGCCGUCUUACGCUCCCGGCAUCUGGGCCAUGCAGAAGGAGUUCUGCUGCUGAACCGGAGAUCGCUGUGCAGACCUUUGGGAGAUCUGGGCCUCACCCGGGACACGAGGGACCCCUGCUCUCCGUGCUCCCCGUCGGAUCUCGAGACAAAGGAGCGCACGGACGCGGCUCGCCGCUGCGCCCAGUCUCCGGAGGUCCUGAUCGGCUGGCGGGUAAAGGUCUCGGGCCUCGGAGAGGGCGUCGUCACCGGACUGCGGAGGAGGCAUCUGAGGCCCACGCUCUUCAAGAUCUCAGGCCUUGGCCAGCUUGAUGGCCCUUCGCCUGUGGCAAAGCUACGAGAGGUGCCACUGCGAAGGCAGGCGCCCUUUCUUCCCUGCGGCGGAGGGUAUCACUUUGAACUCAUGCGAAAGGAGGUCUUUUUUGAACAGGCGAUUUGCGUUUGA